UUUAAUAUGAGUUAAAAUUGCCUUUUUCACUGUUCCAAAACAUUAGGUAUCUUGAGAAUUUCAGUACCUCGUUUAUAUUGAGCUACAAACAAAACCUGUUCUGCGCCUAACUUUGUAAUCUUCUUCAUCGUUCGUAUUCUAAAAACAAACAUAUUCAAAAAUAUGAAGUACUCAUUCAAUGUUGUGAUGACUUGUGAUGGAUGCAAAAAUGCCAUCGAUCGAGUUCUAAACCGUUUAGGAGUUGAGGAAAAGACUAUUUCUUUAGAAUCCCAGGAAGUUUUUGUUAUUACUGACAAACCGUACGAUGCAGUAUUGGAAACAAUCAAGAAAACAGGAAAAGAAGUUCGUUCUGGAAAAACUAUCGAGUAAAAUAUACUGGUGUAAUGGCUUUUAUUUUCAAUUGUCUUGCCUUUAUAUUUUAAAUCAAUAACUUUAAACCAACUAGGAAUGAAUUAGAAUUUGGUUACGGUACUACUCUUCCAAUCUUCUUUUUUCUCUUCGGUCUUUUCUUAGCCGUGCUUUUAUAAUUAAUUCAUACAACUGACUAUCUUUGCUGCUCAAAUGAAAGAACCCCCUUUCUCAAUUUUUUCUCCUCUAAGCUUUAAUUCCUGCCUGAAUGUGUUUUAACUUUUGCUUGCAAAUGUCACUAAAGAGCUGCAACCUUCAAACAAGGGCUCGCGAAAAUACCAUAUUGAUUGCACAGCACAAAACUUUUGAUAAAGGCAAUAAGAAUCCAUCCGUAUGCAAAUGGUGUUCUCUACCGUAUUGGUCAAUGCCAUCUU